UUUGAAACACUUUUCUAUUUCCCUACACAGUUCAAUGAUUCUUCCUUCAUUUUUAAUUAUUGACUAAAUAAAACAUUUCCUAAUACUUUCUAAAACUGUUACUAGUAAAAUAAUAUCUGUAAUUAUAAUAAAUUCAACAUAAAAUAACGAAAAAUUAAAGUAGCAUGGCUGACAAUCAAGAUACGCCUAUGACUAAUAAUGAGUCAGAUGAAGUACCUAAGCGUGCUUCUGUUACUCUGAAUGAAGAUCAUAAAAGAGAACAGAGUGGUACUCCGCCACCGCCUGUUACACCUCCGCCGGGCCAAGAAGACACACAAGAACUAAUAGUUGUUAAUGAGAACACAGAAGAACUUGAUUUGAAUCACGGCAGAAUCGGAAAAAUUGAAAAUCUAGAGCCUUUGAAGAGACUAGAAAGAUUGUACCUGAGAUGGAACUUAAUAAAGAAAAUAGAGGGUUUGGAUACACUGAGCACAUUGGUUGAACUGGAGCUGUAUGAUAACCAGAUUGUUGUUAUAGAGAAUUUAAAUAAUCUUGUUAAUCUUGAAAUUUUAGAUUUAUCCUUUAACAGGAUCAAAGAGAUAACAGGUCUGGAAAAGCUACAGAAUCUAAGAAGACUGUUCCUAAGUUCUAAUAAAAUUACAGAAAUCAAGAAUGUUAAUCAUUUGCCCAAACUAGAAGUACUCGAGUUAGGAGACAAUCGUAUAAGAGAAAUAAAGAAUUUGGAAGGCUUGAAGACACUUAAGCAGCUGUAUCUAGGGAAAAAUAAAAUCACAAAGAUACAAAAUUUGGAGGAUCUGUCAAAUCUAGAAAUCCUUGUACUACAGUGUAAUAGAUUAACCAAGAUUGAAAACCUUGAACAACUUGUCAACUUGGAACAGCUUUACAUAUCAGAGAAUGGACUAACUGCUAUUGAGAACAUGGACAACCAGGUCAAACUUCAGACUUUGGACUUGGCCAUGAACAGGAUCACGGUGAUUGAAAAUGUUAGACACAUGAGUGAUUUAGAGGAGUUAUGGCUAAAUGACAACCAAGUAUCAGAGUGGUCCUCAGUGGAAUAUCUGGUGCAGAACAAAAAGCUGGCCACCAUAUACUUGGAGAGGAAUCCACUGGCGUCCGACCCGGCAUACAGGCGGAAACUAAAAUUGACGCUUCCAUCACUGCAGCAGAUUGACGCCACUUUGUGUAGAUAAGAAAUCAUUUGUACAUUAUCAGAUAUAGUAGAAUCUCAGACCAACAAAAAAGGGUAUACAGAUCUCUACACACGAUAAUAGUCUUCUCUUCAACAUACCUGUUCCUGUUCCGCAUUGAUUUCCCUGCUUUUUAAUUAAACUUGAAAAUGGCUAAUGGCAACCCUAAAAAGCUGAAAUCAAAAGAAAAAUAAAACAGUGAAGGAGGCAAACAAACCACAUUUGUUUAUAUACACAUUCACACCAAAACUGUGUUCUUUGCUUGUCAAAAUAUUUUUUUAAUGCUAAUAUACUGUGAAAAAGAAGUUAAAAUUAAAUAAUUAAAUACAGAAACAUUAUUAAUAUAUUCAUAAUUAUAUUUAAUAUAAUUUUUUCAUUUUCAUAAUUCGUUAUGUAAUCAAGUUUGUCAAAAUAAAAAAAAAAUAUAUUACUCUGUUGUACUUCUCUAGACAGUGCUAAAUGUUAUGUUGACAUGUUCAAUCAAUUGACCACAGGUUCGGUUCAGAUUGUAUGACCGUUUAUUUACCUCACUUAUCUAGAUAUUAAAAUGUGGCAACACUAACUCACAUAACCCCAAAAGAAUUUGAAUAAAAUUAAUUACUUAUUAAAUCUACUUUUUUUUGUUGAUCUGAGCGUAGAGUAAAUAUUACAUGUCAUUGGAUGGAUCAAUUUGUUGUAUAGACUGGUGUAAUAUAACGUUGUUAAGUAUUAUUACUAUUUAUUUACUGACUUCUUUCCUCUUAGAGUUGGCUGUGCUGACUAUACGAUGCAGCUUAUAAAUUAUUUGAUGUAGUAAAAGAAAAAAUAUUAAAUAGCCAUAGUAUAUAGUACGUAAUUUAAACAUACUUUGUCAUUAGAAAUUGCAGAUACAGGUUAUUGUAAAAAACAAUAUAAUAACACGCAUUUAAUAGUCGAUGGUUUAUUCAAUGAUUCAAGAAGACAGAAUUGCAUUAGAUAACGCACGUGAGUCCAUACAAGUCCGUGGUUAAAAUGAGGAAUUGAAACCACUACGAACAAAAAAUCCUUUGUCUACACAAGCGCUUAUCGUUUAGUAGGCUUUGAUAUAGGUUUAGUCUUUGUGACACAUCUUGGCCAUUGAGAAUAAUGCAUCAUGUAUGUAUCUGAAGUCAAAAUGCCAUAGAUUAAUUAUAUUUAUUUACUUUUUAACUUUUCCCAAAGAGGGUUGACGUCAGGCAGGCAUAUUACGCCGACCCCAAAUAAUAAUUUGGAUAGGGUUAGGAAGAUGAUGAUUUACUUUUUAACUUGUAAACUGUACUUUGUAAUUCUGUAUUCUUUUUUCGAAAUAAAAUAGUUUUUUUUUUUUCUUUCUAUUUAGAUAUGAGUAUUUUACGUAGUGUUAUCUGUUGUGUGGAGUCUGAAGUCUGUGCGCGUGCAUCCGGCCAUCCAUUAUCUGUUAAUGUUAAUAAUAAGAAAUUUAUUCACUAACAAUAAUUGAGAAUAGAUUAUAAUAAUGGGAAGUAAUAAGAUGUAUUGGAAAAGAUAUAACAAUCUGAAAAAAUGUUAUAUUUUGGGUCCAGCCAUUGUACACUAUUUCAAAAUAUUGGGUAAAGUUCGAGGCUUAUCGCUAAAAUGGAAUAGUAUUUAUUUACUAAAUAGUUUAAUAGCAUAAAAAUAUUUUCAGUUAUUUAAUAGUAAUCUUAUAUACCAUACAUCUCUCAGACAUCCAUUUGAAUAUUUGUAAAAGCAAAAAAAUGGAUGGAUGUUCUCAAGGGAUAUAUUUCCGAUUGUUAUAUCCUCUUUUACACCUUAUACAGGGUGAAGUCGAAAUCAAUAACAUCUUUUUAAGAAUGUAUCCUACUUACCAAAUAUCGUUUCCCUAACUAAUUGAAAAAAAUAAAAAGUUAGUGUGAAAUACUUAAAAUUUUUCAAUCCAUAUUACAUUGGGAAAAGUGUUCAGUUUCGCUGGUGCAAUACUCUUAAAAAUGCAAUUGAUUACGACAUAAUCUUGUAUACAUAAAAUAAUAUUUAAGUGCCUAUAUUCAAUUUGUCCAUAGAGUAUCGUGUAUAUGGGAUGUACUAACAUAGAUUUUGUACAAUUCGUAGUUGGUAUUGUAUCUGUUGUGUAGUUUGGACUAUGGCGAUUAACACACGGAGCGGUGUAUCCGCAAUAACAUGGCGGUUUACAUACGCCCACGAUCCACAUCUGAGCGCUAAUGAGCCAAAAUUUCUACUACUCUCGUGUAUAUACAAAGUAAUAAUAAUAAUAAUAAAAAAAAAGAUUUACCAUCCUCGAACAAAAGUUAGUUUCUCAACAUAGAGUGAAGUUGUAAGUUUAUAAAAAUCAAUUCCUGUAUUUGAGAUAGGUAAUGCAUGCGUAGAAUUAGAGUCCAUUAUUAUGAUAUAUUACAUAUAAAAUAAAUAUGCAUUUAUGUAUUUAAAGAAUGUACAACGGUGAAGAGUAUAACAGUAUUAAAUAUAGUAAUACAGUACAGUCAAUUACAUAUUUUUACGCUUAAGAUAUAUAACAUAAUGACUACGUGGUAAGUACAAUAAAACUAAAUACAAGUAGGUACAAUGAUCUUCAGUUACAUACAACAAUAACAUUUAUCAUGCACCGAAGCAUCGGUCAUUGAAGAAUUAAUUGCUCGGUAGUCGCUUGGUAACAGUCUUUUAUGAGGUAUAUUUACCGAAAAUAUGAAACUUUUUAGUUAUAGACGUUAUAAAAAGAAGUUUU